AUGGCGACGAUGCGAGCCGUGUGGCUCAUCAACGUGGGCAAAGAUAGCCAACCCACGGCCAUCCUCUCGCGACGCUUCCCCACAGUGGAGAACCGGGUGCGGCUGUCGCACACGGAGGGCGGGUACAUGCCACCACCGCCCGACGCCGACUUUGCGCGGCUGUUCGUGAACGCGCUCGCCGCGCGGACGUCGCCCACCAAGCAGGUCCUCGUCAUCACCAAGAAGGCGCCUGCACUCUCCUCUUCGUCAAUGACAUCAGUCCCUUCUCCUCCUUCAUCUUCUUCUCCCUCUCCACGCGCGCCACCGGCGCUGCUUUCGCUCGACCCGGUCGUCUUCAUCUCCCGAAGGAAGGCCGACGGGUCGGAGCUCUACUUUGUGGGCCUGCCGGAGGUGAACCGAUCACUGCCGCGCCUGAGCGACACUGCGCAUUCCUCUCAUUCCUCCUCUUCUCAGCCCUCCUCCACGCCGACUUCGACGUCUUCCGCCUCGACGCAGCAGCACGACCAGCUCCUCGAACUGCCUUGCGUCACGGCUACGCUCUGUCUGCUCGAGGACAUCGCCAAUUUUGCCUCCAUCUACGAACCUCCCUACGAAGCCAAGCACAUGGCCGAGCUGCAGAUGUACAUCAACUGCUUUAUGCCCUUCGGAACGCCCUCGGACACCAGCCGGCCGGCGUGGAAGCCCUACCUGUACAAGGGGAAGCCGCGGCUGGAGUUCAUGAUACGCGAGGAGGUCAAGGCCUCCCAGUACGACAGCGACACGGUGCCCGACGCCUGGCAAGUCCAUGGCACCAUCUUUUGCAAGGCGGACAUAGAAGGGCUGCCGGAGAUUACGGUCACGUUGUCGCUGCCGACCGGGGCUGCCACUGGCAAGCCCACGGCGCGGGUGGAGGACUUCAUCGUGGACUCGCGCGUGCGGGCCACCGACGUGACCGCGCUCAAGAAGCUCACCUUCACCCCGCCCCUGGGCCAAUACCCGUUGUGCACCUACACCGUCACGUCGCUGCCCAAGCUGCCCCUGCGCGGAUUCUACCAGAUGAAGGAAGUUGAUGCGACAAGAAAUGAGGUGAAGGUCUUGGCGCAGCUGAAGCUCGACGACGCCGUCAACAACGACUUCGAGUACUGCGAAGUCCACGUCCCCUUCCCCAAUCGCGGGCAGAUCACCAGCGUGCAGGCAUCGCCCACGGCCGGCAGCGUGGUGCUGGACGACCGCAAGCAGACCCUGAAGUGGGACGUGGGCCAGCGAUUCGCCUCGCGCAAUCUCGAGGUGGCCCUGCCCGCAUCCGUCGUCUUCGACGGCGUAUCGCGGUCCACCGACAUAUUCGACCCCUUCUGCACCGGAGCCAGUUGCUAUGUCCAGGCUCACUUCAAGGUGAUUGACCACACGCUGAGCGGUAUCAACAUCGACCCGAAGAGCGUGGUGGUCAACCCCAGCACCAAGGUGCAGGUGGUGGUCAUGCGCGAGACCGUCGGCAAUCAGUACUUUGUCUGGAACUCUCUAGGCCAGGGACGAUACGCCGUGAGCGAGUGA